CCGGGUGGCCGUGGGGCCGCCCCCGCGAAUCAGCGCGGACAGCUAAGUGACCUCAGCGCCUCGCAAGCCCACUUUACACGUUGACAAAAUUCCUGGCGAGAGGCCGGGCUGGGAAGCUGGGAAGCGAAGCGCCAGGCUCCGAGCAGCCCGGCCCCUUCCCUCUCCGCCCGCACUCCGAGCACCAUGGCCCUGGCUAUCCUCCUCCUCCUCCGCCUGCUGGCGGCCCCCGGCCGGGGGGACCCCGGCCCCCUGGAAGACGUGGUGAUCGACAGAUACUACAUCCCGAAAAUCUGCUCACGGGAAGUCCAGAUGGGCGAUUUCAUCCGCUACCACUACAACGGGACCUUCAAAGAUGGCAAAAAGUUUGACUCCAGCUACGACAGAGGCGCCACGGUGGCGGGCGUGGUGGGAGUCGGCCGGCUGAUCACCGGCAUGGACCGAGGCCUGCAGGGCAUGUGCGUCAACGAGCGGCGUCACCUGAUUGUCCCUCCCCACCUGGGCUACGGCAGCAUCGGCGUCGCUGGCAUGAUCCCCCCCGACACCACCUUGUAUUUUGACGUCAUCAUGCUGGACAUCUGGAACAAAGAGGACAAGCUGCAGAUCACCACCUUGCACAAGCCAGAGCGCUGCAACCGCACUGUGGAGAACUCGGACUUUGUCCGGUACCACUACAAUGGCACGCUGCUGGACGGCACCCACUUCGACUCCAGUAAGGACAGCACGUACGACACCUACGUGGGCACAGGCUGGCUGAUCAAAGGCAUGGACGAGGGCCUGCUGGGGAUGUGCGCUGGGGAGAAGAGGAGGAUCAUCAUCCCUCCCUUCCUGGCCUACGGGGAGAAGGGCUAUGGCACAGUGAUCCCGCCCCAGGCCUCCCUGGUGUUCGAUGUGCUGCUGGUGGACCUGCAUAACCCCAAAGAUGGCAUCUCCCUGGAGCACCUGGAGGUGCCGGCGUCCUGCAAGCGCAAGGCUGUGACUGGCGACUUCGUCCGCUAUCACUAUAAUGGGACCCUGAUGGACGGGACGCUCUUUGACUCCAGUUACUCCCGCAAUCACACCUACGACACCUACAUCGGGAAGGGCUACGUCAUCCCCGGCAUGGACCAGGGCCUGCAGGGCGUCUGCUUCGGAGAAAAGAGAAGGAUCGUCGUCCCGCCGCACUUGGGCUACGGGGAGAAUGGAGCCGGCAACAAGAUCCCCGGCUCAGCCGUGCUUAUCUUCGACAUCCACGUCAUUGACUUCCACAACCCCCUGGACUCGGUGGAAAUCGAGACCCUCUCCCGGCCCGAGGGCUGCAACGUCACCACCCAGGAUCGCGACUACGUCCGCUACCACUACAACUGCUCGCUGCUGGAUGGCACCAAGCUCUUCUCCUCCCACGACUACAACCACCCGCAGGAGGCGACGCUGGGGACCAGCAAGGUGAUUGACGGCCUGAACACCGGCCUGCUGAACAUGUGCGUGGGGGAGAAACGGGUGAUCGUCAUCCCCCCGCACCUGGGGCACGGAGAGAACGGAGCCCGGGGCGUGCCAGGCAGUGCUGUGCUCCGGUUCGAGGUGGAGCUGCUCUCCAGGGAGGAAGGAGUCCCAGAAGGUUACCUGUUUAUCUGGCACGGGGACCCACCCGCAAACCUGUACGAGGACAUGGACCUGAACAAGGAUGGCGAGAUCCCCCCCGAAGAGUUCUCCACUUUCAUCAAGGCCCAGCUCACCGAGGGGAAGGGACGGCUCAUGCCCAGCUCUGACCCGGAGACCGUCAUCGCCGACAUGUUUCAGAACCAGGACCGGAACCAGGAUGGGAAAAUCACCGCGGAGGAGCUGAAGCUGAAAUCGGACGAAGAUCAGGAGAGAAUCCACGAGGAGCUCUGAGGAGCUCUUGCCUUCAAGAGACAACUUUUCUUCUUGUCCUUUCCUACCUUGGAGUGGGCUGCUCCCCCACCACCACAGGGACUGGGCCCUAGAGAAGCCAGCUCAGGAAACUUUAGUGCCAACCCCUUUGCAGAGCGAGGUUGUUUGGUUGUUUUUUUUUACUAUUUAACGGUGUUUUAUUGGAAGUGUUUCUAACAAGCCAGCAGGGGAAAAACUCCACAUAACAAACCCAGGCCUGAGGGUCCCAAAUUCUUGCCUUUAAAGGCAGAGCCUAGAACAAGGGUGGGCAAACUACGGCCCAGGGGCCGCAUCCGGCCCUUCAGAUGUUUUAAUCCAGCCUUCGAACUCCCGCUCCAGCCAGGGAGUGGGGUCAGGGGUGUGCC